GUUAAUGUUGGCUGUGUGCCUAAAAAGAUAAUGUUUGCAACAGCAACACAUGCAGAGCAGAUCCCAGAUCUUAAGGAUUAUGGCUUCAAUGUGACUUAUAAUAACUUUGAUUGGAAACAGGUUAAAGAGAAAAGAGAUGCUUACAUCAAGAGGUUGAAUGGUAUUUAUGAAAGAAACCUUGACAAGGUAUUGAUAGCUCAUAAAAUAAGAUUAAAUGCAAAGUAGAGUGGUUUUCAUGAAUCUGUAAAAUACACUUUAGAGUACUACACUGUAUUACUCUUUACAGUAUGCAUUUUUCUUUCUCGUAACGGUGUAUCACACACUAUUACACUUUGGCAAUGAUAUUUUGUUUUGCAGGUCAGUAAAAACCACUCUAACAUGGUUUCACYUUGAGGGUAGUAGAACAAACUAAAUUGUUGGUCUGCUUUAUUAGCUAAACUCUAUGCAACAGAUAACUGCUUAAAAUUAUAGCUAUCAGUUAGCCUUCUUGAGAGAGGGAACAUAUGGCUGAUACUAAUGACAUCUGCGAAAGAGGCUAUCUAUCAGUGGUAUCGACAAUGACAGUAUCCCAGGGACCAUGGAGCAGAGGGAACAUGGGGGCUGUAGCCACCUCGAMCCCAAUAUUAUUUGGAAAUUCAAUUAAAAUUUAUGAAAUAUUGUUUCCAGUCYAAAGUAGAUUACAUUGUUGGUCAUGCYAAAUUUGAUGCAUCUGGAAAUCUUCAUGUUGGUGACCAAGUAUAUUCUGCUAAGCACACACUAAUUGCUGUAGGAGGUCACCCAUCCAUCCCAYCAGUAAAAGGAUCUGAGCAUGGAAUAACAAGUGAUGGAUUUUUUGAACUUGAGGAUUUACCCAAGAAAGUAGCAGUUGUGGGUGCAGGAUAUAUUGCUGUUGAAUUGGCUGGUAUUCUAAAUGCAUUAGGUUCUAAGGUCACUUCUAUCAUAAGAUAUAAUAAGGUGCUUCGUAACUUUGAUGGGAUGAUCAGUGAGAAAAUUACAGAUGAAAUUGUGAAAUCUGGAAUCGAUCUUCAAACAAAUAUGGGAAUUGAGGAAAUAACAAAGGAUGAUGGCUUGUUAACAAUUCAUUGUACAAAGAACAAGACAGAGAAAUUGGCCCUAUCAGGAUAUGAUUGCUUAUUAUGGGCUGUUGGACGCAGUCCAAACACUAAAGAUCUGGGUUUGGAGAACAUUGGUGUGAAAAUGGACAGUCGUGGUCAUAUUGUUGUUGAUGAGUUCCAAAAUACUUCAAGGGAAUCAUUUUAUGCUCUAGGGGAUGUGUGCGGCAAAGCACUUCUGACUCCAGUUGCCAUUGCAGCAGGGCGCAGACUUGCCCAUAGACUCUUUGAAGGAAAAUCGAAUUUGAAGCUGGAUUACGACAAUAUUCCAACAGUAGUGUUUAGUCAUCCUCCCAUUGGAACUAUAGGCUUGACAGAAGAGCAAGCUGCUGAAAAAUAUGGAAGAGAUAAAUUGAAGAUUUACACUUCUGACUUCGUUAAUUUGUAUUAUUCCAUAUGUGAAAACAAACACAAGACUUACAUGRAACUUGUUUGUCUUCUCCCAGAGGAAAAGGUUAUUGGUCUGCACAUGUUAGGGAUGGGUGUGGAUGAAAUGUUGCAAGGAUUUUCUGUUGCCGUGAAAAUGGGAGCRACCAAGGCAGAUUUUGACAACACAGUAGCAAUCCACCCAACUGGCUCAGAGGAGCUGGUUACAAUGCGAUAGCUGCAUAACCUGAAUGGCAACUUGAUAUAAACCAAUUGUGUUCAACUGGUUGAAUGACAGCAUUGUGGAAAUAUAAUUCCAACUUUUAUUUGUAUUCAUCUAUUUAAGCAAUCAAUUAUUGAAUAUCGAUUUUUACUAUUAAUCGUAUAUGUGAACGACUCUAAGGUCUGUUAUCUAAUAGUCUACUAAGUACUUCACGGAUAUAAUGUAGAUAUGUAUCGCAUCAAAUAGACGAGGACUGUGCAUAUAUUCAUGCAUAAAAACGGGAUUUUGCAUUCUAGUUUCCUCGACUACACUAAAWUCGGCAAACAGUUGUGUAAAAAGAAUUYUAACAAACAUUUAAAAGUAUUUAAAAGUUUUAGUCCUUACUUCGACGAAGAUUAACGUACGAAACGUCAGUAMAGUUGUUUCACCUACUUUUUUACGGUGUUAAAAUUAAUCUUUUUACCCAACUGUUUGAACACCGACGCAGCUCACACUAGUUUACUGUUAGUUUCUAUAUUUUAAAAUACGCAAAAACAAAUUUUGUAGGGUCGGGACAAUGUGAGACGAUUCGCGUGUGCGACCUCAAUGGCAGAUUUAUUUCCAUUCAGUUUUGUAAAAUCCUUUGAGGAAACUAGAACAGAUGCAAACCGCGCUUGGAACGAGUAUAUGGACAUCAGGCCUUAUAUAGGCAGUUCUCAGUGAUGUCUAGUAUCUACUAUAUAAUCCUCACAAUCUCUCCAAAAUACAGAUUUUUGCAUUGAUGUUGCAUUGCAAUUUGAUGUUGCAUUGCAAAGUUGAAUGCAAUAGCAUGUUUUGGGGUGAUUUAUCCUAUCGACACUAAGCCUUUAAAAAAACGUACAAGGAAGUUCUAGGAACCUUAGAAUAAAUGAAUGUAAUCUGAAA